AUGGUACGCUACUACUACUACUACUACUACUACUACUACUACUACUACUACUACUACUACUACUACUACUACUACUACUACUACUACUACUACUACUACUACUACUGCCGCUACUACUACUACUACUACUACUACUCCUCCUCCUCCUCCUACUACUACUACUACUACUACUACUACUACUACUACUCCUCCUCCUCCUACUACUACUACUACUACUACUACUACUGGUAUCGGUAUCACCAACAGUAA